ACUUUGGGAAUAAUAAAGAUGUGUUUGUUUUGUACUUGGUGUGUGAAAUGAGAGAAAACAUUGAGAAUAGUUUAUGAAGUCGAGCACUAGAGUCUUGUACUGCUAGACUGAAAGAGCUUCCUUGUUCAAUGGCUCCAUUUGGCUCCUUGGUCAUUCUCCCCUUUUUGUUGAUAGCAACAGUGACUUGUUCUACUUCAGAGAAGGAAAAUAGUAAAACUUUCAUAGUCCAAGUCCACCACCAAACCAAGCCUUCCAUAUUCCCUACCCACAAACACUGGUACGACUCCUCCCUCUCUUCCAUUUCCACCACCGCUUCUGUUAUACACACCUACGACACCGUUUUUCAUGGCUUCUCCGCAAAGCUCUCACCUUCAGAGGCACAGAAGCUGCAAUCACUCGGCCACGUCAUCACUCUCAUUCCCGAACAGCUUCGUUCCCUUCACACCACGCGCUCCCCUGAGUUUCUCGGCUUAACUACCGCCGACAGGACCGGCUUGCUCCACGAGACCGAUUUCGGCUCGGAUCUCGUCAUCGGAGUUAUCGACACCGGAAUCUGGCCGGAGCGCCAGAGCUUCAACGACCGCGACCUCGGCCCCGUUCCCGCCAAAUGGAGGGGAAAGUGCGUCGCCGGACAAAAUUUUCCGGCCACUUCCUGCAACCGGAAACUCAUCGGCGCCAGGUGGUUCUCCGGCGGAUACGAGGCCACCAACGGGAAGAUGAAUGAGACCACUGAGUUCCGCUCGCCGAGAGACUCCGACGGCCACGGCACGCACACGGCGUCCAUUGCCGCCGGGAGAUACGUCUCGCCAGCGUCCACGUUAGGGUACGCCAAGGGCGUCGCCGCCGGCAUGGCGCCGAAGGCGCGGCUCGCGGUGUAUAAAGUCUGCUGGAACGGCGGUUGCUUUGACUCCGACAUUCUCGCUGCCUUCGACGCCGCCGUGUCCGACGGCGUCGACGUGGCGUCGCUGAGCGUCGGAGGUGUUGUGGUACCUUACCAUCUCGAUGUCAUUGCUAUUGGCGCCUUCGCCGCCGCCUCCGCCGGCGUUUUUGUCUCCGCCUCCGCGGGAAACGGUGGUCCCGGCGGACUCACGGUGACCAAUGUGGCGCCUUGGGUGACCACCGUUGGUGCCGGAACCUUAGACAGAGAUUUCCCGGCGAAUGUGAAGCUUGGAAGUGGAAAAAUAGUACCUGGAAUUAGUAUUUAUGGUGGACCGGGUCUAACUCCGGGUCGAAUGUAUCCAAUUGUUUAUGCGGGUGUUGAACAAUUUGGCGGUGGUGGUGAUGGGUAUUCAUCAUCACUUUGUUUAGAAGGUUCCUUGGAUCCUAAGUUUGUAAAAGGAAAAAUUGUUGUGUGUGAUAGAGGGAUUAAUUCAAGAGCUGCCAAAGGUGAACAAGUUAAGAAAAAUGGAGGAGUUGGCAUGAUUUUGGCCAAUGGUGUGUUUGAUGGUGAAGGAUUAGUAGCUGAUUGCCACGUAUUACCUGCCACGGCGGUUGGCGCCACUGCCGGGGACGAAAUCCGGAGUUACAUCGGGAAUUCACGGACGCCGGCCACAGCGACAAUCGUGUUCAAGGGAACAAGACUAGGGGUUAGGCCAGCACCUGUGGUGGCAUCAUUUUCAGCAAGAGGGCCAAACCCUGUGUCUCCAGAGAUUCUGAAGCCCGAUGUAAUAGCCCCAGGGUUGAACAUUCUUGCAGCUUGGCCUGAUCAUGUUGGACCCUCUGGGGUACCCUCUGAUGGACGCAGGACUGAGUUCAACAUCCUCUCUGGGACUUCAAUGGCUUGUCCUCAUGUUUCUGGUUUGGCUGCUUUGUUGAAAGCAGCCCAUCCUGAUUGGAGUCCUGCUUCUAUUAGGUCUGCUUUGAUGACCACUGCUUACACUGUGGACAACAAGGGUGAUCCCAUCUUGGAUGAGUCCACUGGGAAUGUUUCUUCAGUGUUUGAUUAUGGUGCUGGCCAUGUUCACCCCGUCAAGGCCAUGAACCCUGGCUUGGUUUAUGAUAUCUCCUCUAAUGAUUAUGUGAAUUUCUUGUGUAAUUCAAAUUACACCACCAACACUAUCCGUGUCAUCACUAGAAGGAAUGCUGAUUGCAGUGGGGCUAAAAGGGCAGGACAUUCUGGGAACCUCAAUUACCCUUCAUUGUCUGCAGUGUUUCAGCUAUAUGGAAAGAAGAGAAUGGCUACACAUUUUAUUAGGACUGUGACCAAUGUUGGGGACCCUAGUUCAGUGUACAAGGUCACUGUUAAGCCGCCACGCGGAACGGUGGUCACCGUGAAGCCGGACACCUUGAAUUUCAGGAGGGUGGGGCAGAAGCUCAACUUUCUUGUCAGGGUUCAAAUUAGGGCUGUUAAGCUUUCUCCGGGUGGUUCUAGUGUGAAGAGUGGCUUCAUAGUUUGGUCUGAUGGGAAGCAUACUGUCACAAGUCCCCUUGUUGUGACGAUGCAGCAGCCUCUGGAUUAGUGGAUUGAGGUUUUGGGUGUAGAAAUUUUGGGUAUUUAUCCAUCUUGGAUAAUAUCGUAUUUUAAAAAUAAAAAAAAGCUCUAUGUGCUUAAUAGAGAAUGUGUUUGUGAAGGUGUUCCAUUUGUAAGAACUGGAGGAAGGAUGGUUUGUUAGAGAGAGCGUGAUGGUGGUGCUGUCAAAAGGGGGGAAAGUUAUCAUCAAAGACAAAGGUAUGGUGGAAGUAUAUCUUUCAUGUUGUAUAAUUAAGAAUGUUUGUAGAAAAUGUUGUUUUUAGAAGAGGAUAAGAAUAUUUUGGAAGGUUCCUUUCCUUUUUGAAUGAUGCUGUCUGUUGAAUCCUUUGAAA